UAUUAAUAGAAGGUGACAAGUUAUCUGACCUAAAACCUGAUUCGACUAAACAAUGGGUUAGCCAAUUACAGAACGUGAAGCAAAAGCUGAUUUCGGCUAUUAUAAAAAAAUUACCAGGAUAUCGGCACUAUUCUGACAUGAUUGAAAAAAUUUUAAAACAAUAUCAUAAGAUGUGGUAUCGAAUAGCAACAAUAAAUGCUGAUCUAAACUUAAAGGCCUAUAAUUGCGUCAAAAUGGAGAAAAAUAGUAAGGUGAAUAAG